AUGGUCAGUUCUCAGCCUUUUCCCGAGGAGAGAAUCCACAUUAACGUACGUUUCCACCCUCCCCCUUCCUGCCACUCAUCCCACCCCGCCGACCAUAACCGCACCCGCCAACCCCGCUCCCCACCGCCUUCCUCCAAACCGCAACACGUCCACGCGCACCACAACCCCCGCACGAUGCUCACCCGCCCCGAACUACCCCCCCGCUCCGAACUCCCCUCGGACCACCCCAAAAACCCAAACUCCCGCGUCCGCCUGCCCGAACGGCCGCACUUGUCGCAAUACUGGCACGACGCCUACCCCCCCGCGCCCUUGGACGACGACACCGUCCUACCCAAACCGCCCUCCAAAAUCAAAUAUAUGAAUACGGAAUGGCAAAAAAACAAUCCGAAUCCGAAAUCGCGCGAUGCGGUAAAGGCGUACUAUGGUGGUGGGGGGAUGUAUCCCGGGAUGGGCGUUGGGGGGAUGUACCCUGGGAUGGGGGGGAUGAUGGGUGGGAUGGGUGGGAUGGGCGGGAUGGGCGGGAUGGGGAUGGGCGGGAUGGGUAUGGGGUAUGGAGGGAUGGGUAUGGGUGGUUAUGGAAUGCCUCGAUACGGCGGUGCCGGGUAA